UUAAGGCCAAUGGAAAUGGAUAUUUUUCCACCAUUAGCAACUAAAUAAGAGCUCAUACAUUCUCUCUCUGCGCCGUUGAAUAUACUCCGAGUUACUAUUAUUAUCAACCUCUUCACUUAAUACGAACACAAUCCGCUAUAGCAGAUUCGAUUUUUGAUCAUUGAAGUUAUAUUUGACCUAACUUUCUAUUGAUAUGGCGAUAUCCAAGUGAAUGUAGAUUCUUGAGUUAGAGUUAGAGUGGAGCUGUAGUCUGAGCCUCAACUUAGAUAAGUUGGAAAUACAAGAUAGGCGAAAAAGACGACGACUAUUCUUCACACUUGUUUAAUUAAUUGGAUUUAUUUUCAGGUAUGGUGUCCAUACUGCUCAAGCUGCGGGGGUUAGUAAGGGCAGGAUUCAUGCUGCUUACUUGCAGGAACUUUUUACCUUAUCCAAGGGAGAUGGCUCAAAACGAGAUUGAUGAUACAUUAGAGUCCCUAAAAAGAUUAAAGAAUGCAGGCAAUCUGAAUCGUUUUUCAUAUCUGCUCCAAAGUUGGAUGGAGUAUUUCAAAAAUGAAAAGCUCAAGGAUUUUCAGACCAAUGUCUCUGCACAAAAGAUUGAUGCGGUAGUAGAGUUCUUGUUGAUUUUGCUUGCAAAUGUGCCGAAUAGUGUUAUUAAUGGUAAGACAUUGGAUGAGGUCAUGGAAAAGGUUGUAGAUCUUGUGGGUGAUAUAUUUGUUGUUGCUGAAAAGCUUCUUGAAAGCUCUUCAAUCCAGGGCAAGACCAGCGAGAUUAAUAUUGGCGUGGCACAGAUACUGGAGAAAAUUGAACAUCUAAAGGCAGAAAUGGAAGAAAGGCACUGCAAAAUGUUGAAAUUCUCUCCAUCUCAGUUUCCGGCAAUUGGUGGGUUGGGCUUUAUGGAUUUUCUCCUAGAUAAACUCAACGAGAUGUUGAGUUCUAAAUCUAGCUUAGCGACCAUGAUGAAGCCUCAUAUUGGUAUUUUAAAGGAAGAGCUCUCACUACUAAGAUCAUUUCUUGGAGAUGUUGCAAAGUUUGAACAUGAAUAUGAAAUUCUUAAAGAUCUGCAGAUGCGUAUUAUCAAUCUGGCAUAUGAGGCUGAAGUUGCUAUUGACUCUAUUCUUGUUCAAUAUAAUUUACUUCAGCAUCUUUUCUGCUCACUUCCUACAAUCAUAAAAGAGAUCAAACUUAUUAGUGUGGAGGUGACUGAGAUCUGGUCAAAGAACUUUACUGCUCCCAAGUCCUGCCUUGCAUUAAAGCCCCCUAAGCAUGUGUUGACUCAAAAUAGCAUUCCUACAGAUAUUGAGGAUAUAGUGGGUUUUGAGGGUGACACAGAAAGAAUAAUUCAACAGCUGAUUAAAGGAGAAGAUGAACUAGAUGUCAUCACAAUUGUUGGCAUGGGGGGACAAGGUAAAACGACUUUAGCUAGAAAGUUAUAUAGAAAUCGCACAAUUAUUCGUCACUUUGACGCUCAAGCUUGGUGCUGCAUUUCACAAACAUAUGACCUAGAAGAGGUGUUUUUCGAGAUUUUCAGACAAGUUACUGGUUUCAAGGGCACGUUAGAAGAGUUGUUAUUUGGGGAAUCCAAUCAAGUAACUGGUCGCAAGGAAAAUUUAAAAGAAAAACGCAACCUCGCUGAUAUGUUGCGGAAAAGUUUAAUGGGCAAGAGAUACUUCAUUGUCUUAGAUGAUAUGUGGGAAGUCAUGGCAUGGGAUGAGUUGAGAUUAUCUUUUCCAAAUGAUGAAAUGGGAAGUAGAAUGCUACUAACAACUCGACUUGAGGAAUUAGCUAAGCAGGUCAAGUACCAUACUGAUCCUUAUUUUCUUCCAUUUCUCACACCAGAAGAGAGUUGGGAAUUAUUGCAGAAAAAAGUAUUUCCGAAGGAAAGCUGCCCACCUGAACUAUACCUAUUGGGUCAAUCUGCAGCAGAAAAAUGCAAAGGAUUGCCUCUAGUAAUUAUCUUAAUGGCUGGAAUUAUCUCAAGGAAAAAAAUGGAAGCCUCUUGGUGGCUUGAGGUUUCAAAUGCUUUGUUUUCCUUGGUUGGUAAGGUGGGAGAAUAUGGUCUGGCCACCAUACAGUUCAGUUAUGAUAAUUUGCCAGUUCAAUUAAGACCUUGCCUUCUUUACAUGGGAAUGUUUCCAGAGGACCAUGAAAUUGAAGUGUCUCGAUUGAUAAAUUUAUGGAAAGCAGAAGGUAUCGUGCAAAGCAUUGAAUCGAGGAGAUUUGAAGAGGUUGCUGGAGGUUAUUUGAUGGAUCUAAUUAGUUGUAGCCUGGUAAUGGUUUCAAAGAGAGGACAUAAAGGUAAGGUCAAAUACUGUCAGGUUCAUGAUCUAGUGCUUGAAUUUUGCUUGAAGAGGAGUAGAGAAGAAAAGUUUAUGGCAGUGAUGAAGGGGGUGAGCUUCCAUAUCACAAACUAUAAGCUUACCAAGUUUCCACCACCAGAUUGUAAGGAAAUCAGGCUGAGCUGUCUUCUACAAAAUGAUCAUUACGAUUGUGCAUCUCCAGGAUACGAGCCACUGAAGCUUUUGGACCAACACCUAAGGUCACUACUAUUUUUCUGUCCUUUUGAUGGUACUUGCUAUGUUCCGAAUGCAUCAUCUCAGAUUGCUGAAUUUAGACUUCUCAAUGUAUUGGAUAUGAGCUGUAUUAGAGUGUUUGGUUUGUCCGUGGCUUCAUUAGAAUCACUAAAUCACCUAAGGUACUUAUCAAUUCGUAUAGAUCGAUUUGAUUUCCAGCAGGUAUCAGGUAUGUGCCAUUUAGAGACUUUGGUAGUGCACCAUUCUGAAGGUACUGUAUUGCUAUCAACUACAUUCUGGAAAUUGGCAAAGUUAAGGCAUGUCCAUAUCAGCGAGGCAGAAUUUGAUUUCCAUUAUUUGGGAAAUAAUAAGCAGGAGAACUUUGCAGAAUCAUCUGUUGUACUAGAAAAUUUGAGGUUCUUAGGGAAAGUUUUCAUAUCUGUGUAUGAUGCUGAUCGUGUGGAGGAGGUAAUGCGGAGGUGUCCUAAUCUUCAACAACUUCAGAUUACCUAUGGUGGCUUGUACGAUUUUACUCCACAAAUGAGAACUCGCAAUCCAAAAUUUGAAGUUCUUACCCAGCUUCAAUUUCUUGACCUACAAUUUCCUUGUGGCAUUUUCAAGUUGCACUUGCCUUCAAAUCUCAAGAUAUUAAAACUAAGAGGGAAUACAAGUAGAAGAGUGCCGGUUUCCAUGAUUGCGAAACUACCCAAUCUAGAAUAUCUCAAGUUAGUUGAUUUGAGAUUUGAGGAGGAUGAGUGGUGCCUGGGUGAAGAUGUCAAGUUCCACAAACUUGAAAUCUUGAAAUUGUAUAAUGUAUACAUGACAAGGUGGCAUGCGUCUGCAGAUGAAUCAUUUCCCCUGCUUGAAAAACUUGUUAUCAAAUAUUGUUACGAUCUUGAGGAGAUCCCUUUUAGCUUUGCAGAUAUUCAGACACUGAAGCAGAUUAAGGUGCUUCAAAGCAAUAAAUCCCUUGAGGAUUCAGCUAUCAAGAUUAAGGAAGAAGUGGAAGCCAUAGCAGGAUCCGACUGUCUUGACGUCAUUAUCCAAGUAAGAGAGCAGAAGCAAUCAUUCUUUUACAAUGAUUGGUUCUGCACUGCUUAUGGUGCAGGCAAUUUACUCCCUCCCCUGCCCCCGCCCCUUCCCACUUUUAGCCCUUCAAAGAAAGGUAAAAAUGGCACGGGCUGAUCACUUUUUGGUCCGCUUUAAACACCUUUUGAAAUAUAGCUGAAGAGUAGCCAGUUUCAGUUUUACAAAGAGCUUUCUACCCUUAUCUUCUUGAAUGUAAAUCCUGAAGCUAUCCUACUGUGGAAUUUUGCAAUACAACAGGCCUUCAACACGACUCUCUUGUACCCAAGUCACUUUGAAACCAAGCUUGUGUCAAAAGAUUCUACUUCUUGUUUCAGUCA